AUGUCGCUCGCAUCCGGUGUUCAGAUCCAGGAUGACUGCAUCACUGCCUUCCAAGACUUCAGCCGGAGCCACGGCAAGACCAAGUACAUCAUUUACAAGAUCGCCGACGACAAGAAGUCGGUUGUCGUAGACUCCGUCGGCAAGGACCAGGACUACGAGGUCUUCCGCAACGAGCUCGCCGAUGCCAAGGACAGCCAGGGCCGCGCCUCCCCCCGUUACGCCGUCUACGAUGUCGAGUACGAGAUUACCGGCGAGGGCAAGCGCUCCAAGAUUAUCUUCAUCUCCUGGGUGCCUAGCGAGACCCCCACUCUCUGGUCCAUGAUCUACGCCAGCACCCGCGAGGUUCUCAAGAACGCCCUCAACGUCGUCACUUCCAUCCACGCCGAUGACAAGUCCGAUAUCGAGUGGAAGACAGUCCUGAAGGAGGCCAGCGGUGGCAAGGCAUAG